UGGUAUGCUGCCAUCACUCCCUCUCUCUCUUGGGAGCCCAAUCUGAAGCUGGACAGGAUGUCCAGAGUGAAGAGGACCCUGAGCAGUGAAUGUGUGCUGCCCUACUACACGGCGCGCAACUACCGCUCGAUGGGUGUGUUCAACACCUCCAUGGGGGACCUGCAGCGGCAGCUGUACAAGGGAGGCGAGUAUGAAAUCUUCAAGUACGCACCCAUGUUUGAGAGUGACUUUAUCCAGAUCAGCAAGAAAGGAGAGGUGAUGGAUGUGCACAAUCGCGUCCGCAUGGUGACCGUGUGCAUCGUGUCCACCAGCCCCGUUCUCCCACUCCCCGAUGUCAUGCUGCUGGCCCGGCCAGCCAAAGUCUGCGAACAGCGCACCAAACAUGGCCUGCUUACCAAGAAGAGAAACCAGAAGCCCAAGAGGACUCUUGAGCUCACCAGGCUAAUUCCCUUGAAGUUCGUCAAGAUCUCCAUCCACAAUCGUGAGAAACAGCAGCUGCGCCUGAAGCUCGCCACAGGCCGGACUUUCUAUCUGCAGCUGUGCCCCUCCUCAGAUGCGCGCGAGGAUCUCUUCUGCUACUGGGAGAAGCUUGUCUAUCUCCUGAGGCCGCCCCCUGACAGCUGCAGCAGCACCCCAACUAUUCGGACUGGGGAUGCAGCUACUCCAGAUGACAAAAGCCUACUAGCUUCAGACAUCUGUGGAGAAGGGGAUCAAGAUUCUGGGCUGCUGAAGUUUCAUGAGGUGCGUGGAGCCUCUUCUUCUGCUUUUGCUGGGGGAGAGGGAAUUCAACUUGCCACCGCUGCUGCUGCAGGAUCGGCCAAAGGAGGAGCGGCAGGAACAAUGGGUGGGGGCACAGCUGUGGGGACAUCGACCAGCCCUACAGUGGGUCUGGCCAUGGCAGGGGCAGCGACAGGCCCCACAGGUGGUGCAAUGAGUGUGGCAGCAGCGAAGCCUGCAGGCUCAGGCCAGGACACCAUGGCCCUGGCAGGGGCAGCUACCAAGGAGACGGCCGAAGGCAGAGCCAGCAAGGCCAUGGCGGCAGGCACCAGUGUAUCCUCAGACAAUAUCAAUGCAGUGCUGGCAGGUGCUGCAAGCACUUCCUCCAUGGGCACUUCCACGGCCGGGGCCACCAGUGUUUCCCGGGACAACAGUGUGAGUGUGGUUUUUGCAGGCGCCAUGACGACCAAGGCGCCUGCAGAAGAAAAAGCUAAAGGGUCAGUGGUGGCGCCCCUGGUUUCCACCCUGCAGAGCGAAGGCUACAUGUGUGAACGGGAUGGUAGCCAGAAGGUUCCCAAGGCCAGUGCUGAAGCCAGGAAGGAAAGACGGGAAAGAAGAGAAAAGAAGGACAGACAUGCCAGUAGGAAGAGCUCACACCAUCGCAGGGUGGGUGAAAGCCACCGGCACAGGUCAGGUGGGGACAAGAGCCGGAAAUCCUCAUCCCACCAGUCUGUGUCUAGCCACAGGAACAAGAGAGAUGAAAGAAAAGGAAAAGGGUCCAGUAAAGGAAGAAGCAAAGGACAUGGCUCCCCUCACAAAAGUCGCAGCCACAGCUCCUCCAACAGGGAGCCCAGGGCCUCUCACAAAGUGGGGAAGAAACGAUCCACAGCCAGUUCGAGCUCUUUAACAAAGAAAUCCAGUAAAAUCAGUUCCUUUUUGAGGAGCUUCAUAUCUUCGCCGAGUUCAAAGACAGCCCUCAUAUCACGUGACCAAGAAGUAGACAUUGUGACAAAGACAGUGGAAAGACGCAACAUAGAGACGAAGAUGGAGAAAGGCCAGGGAGGCCAGGAGGUGGAGAUCUGUGGGACCAUGACAUCUGAAACAAUGGAGACCAUCAUCUUUGAAGCCAAAUCCAUUUAAAUAGGAGGCAAUCCGGUGGGAAGCUAGAACAGCAACAACAGAGAGCUGGGCUCAAGAAAGUAUC